AUGGCAUACAGCAGGUGCUCAGAUCUGGAAACACUUCUGGAUGACGUACCGAAGGAAGUCUCUCAAGUAUACGAACGGAUGCUAAACCAAAGCAAGAACAAGUCACGAUUGAAGACUCUUCUUGAGCUUGUGCUCGCUUCCCGACGGCCCCUCACCCUUGAAGAAGCAAACAUCGCUAUGACACUGGCUGUCCAAGGCCAAAAGAAGCAAGUAUUCAAAUCGCACGAAGAUCUGAUGGCCGCGGGAUGGCCAAGCGGUCAGUUUCGAGGCUACAUCAUGGAUCUCUGCGGUCUUUUCAUCAGUGUCAACGAAGGAAAGCUUUCGUUCAUUCAUCAGACAGCAAGAGAAUUUUUGAUAGUAACAUGUAAGCAAGAAAAGGAGGAGGGGUUUUGGAAAGGUGCCUCCAGCUCGCCUCACUCGCACGGCACAAUAUCACGACAAUGUAUGCAGUACUUGAAGCUGCCCGACCUCAAUUACACAACUGAAGAGGAUUGGUCUUUUGACGAUUACAGCAAAUCCGAUGGUAUCAGAGAUCAAAAAUACCCUUUUCUUGCGUAUUCUGCGAAAUAUUGGGCUCUGCAUUUCACCAACCAGGAGGCUUCGCUUGCUGACCGAUGCACGGAAGAUGCGCGUAUUCUCUGUGACGUAACAAAGCCUCAUAUCAGCACUUGGGCUCCAGUGUAUAAUAAGUAUAGUUUCCUGAAUAUUUCAGUCCUGACAAGUCUUCUUGUUGCCAGCUACUUUGGAAUACCGCAUGUCGUCCAAGUAUUGCUAGACGAAGGUGCCGAGGUGAACAUUCAGGAUCAAUGGUCCUUGACCGCUCUACAAGCAGCAUCGUUGAGCGGAUCCCAGCAGGUUGUCCUGAUGCUACUAGACAAUGGCGCCGAUAUCAAUGCCCAAUUUGGACUAUACAAUACAGCACUCCAGGCAGCAUCAACUCAAGGCCAUCAGAACAUCGCCGAGAUACUACUCAAACGGGGGGCAGACGUCAACAUUCAAGGCGGACACUACAAUACAGCACUCCAAAUAGCAUCAGCUGGAGGUCACCAGAAUAUUGUCGAGAUGUUACUUGAACGGGGGGCAGGCGUAAAUAUCCAAGGAGGAGAUGACAGUACAGCACUCCAAGCAGCAUCAGCUAGAGGCCACCAGCAGAUCGUCGAGAUGCUACUCUGCCAUGGAGCAAACGUCAAUAUCCAAGGUGGAUACUACAAUACAGCACUCCAAGCAGCAUCAGUUGACGGCAAGCAACAGAUCGUCGAGAUGCUACUCAACCGGGGAGCAGACGUCAAUAUCCAAGGUGGAUACCACAAUACAGCACUCCAAGCAGCAUCAGCUAGAGGCCACCAGCAGAUCGUCGAGAUGCUACUCUGCCAUGGAGCAAACGUCAAUAUCCAAGGUGGAUACUACAAUACAGCACUCCAAGCAGCAUCAGUUGACGGCAAGCAACAGAUCGUCGAGAUGCUACUCAACCGGGGAGCAGACGUCAAUAUCCAAGGUGGAUACCACAAUACAGCACUCCAAGCAGCAUCACGUCGAGGCCACCAAAAGAUCGUCGAGAUACUACUCUGCCAGGGAGCAAACGUUGAUUCACAAGGUGGAUACGACAAUACAGCUCUUCAAGCAGCAUCAACUAGAGGUCACCAACAGAUCGUCGAGAUGUUACUCAACCAGAGGGCAAAAGUCAAUAUCCAAGGUGGAUACUACCAUACAGCGCUCCAGGCAGCAUCAGCUAAAGGCCACCAAAAGAUCGUCGAGAUACUACUCAAUCAGGGGGCCGACGUUGAUUCCCAAGGUGGAUGCUACAAUACAGCGCUUCAAGCAGCACAAGCUAGAGGCCACCAACAGAUCAUCGAGAUAUUAGAGUAG